GCGAGUGCAAGGCUCAGGAAUAUUUCGUGAUUGAUUGAUUUUCACUCGUUUCUUCAUGGCUGAAAUUAACAUUUUGGCAUAUAAGUUUAAAGAGUUUUUUUUUGUUUUUAAAGAUUAUCUCUUAAAUCAUUCAACUCUUUACGUAGCCUAUGGUAGGCUACGGCGUUUAGGACCUGUUUGACAUCAGAUGGCGAUGGGUAUAUAGUCAAUUUCGCUUUGACUGAUCACAGUCAGUAACUUUAUGUAGCCUAAUUUGUGUCAGAAGUGCAAUUCCGGGAAUUUCUUCUGAAAAUCGUGAACAGCAGUGACACUAAUUUUUCAGACAACAAAUAGAAAAGUUAAAUAACCUGUCGUGUAUCGUUUCCUACUCCUCCUUUCAUGAAGAUGACCAAGAUUGAAAGACUGAAUGCACGGGUUUCUAAACUGCUGACCGCAGCAGUCCACGAGGUGCUGGAGGUGGUAAAGGAUACGGUGUCGGAGUACCAAGAAAAAACCGCUCGAACUCAGAGGGAGAACGAGAGACUUCGGAAGAAACUCGAGGGACUACAACAAUGGUUUGAUCGAGAACUGUCACGGGUGUCCAGAGCACGUCCUCCAUUGCAGGCCAGCCAAUCAGAGCAGUCCAAAUGCUCAUGUAAACAACUACCGUCCUCUGAGGCAUCGGGCAAGCCAGAGCUGGAGUCCAGAGCGACUUCUGCAGAUGAAGUGAAGAAUCAUCUGGAGUUAAAGGUAGAAUCCAUCAUCAGCGUUGAGCAAGUGGCUCUUUCAUGUGUCACCGUGGUGGAUACAGAAAGUGACAGCUCUGCUCACUCACAAUCUGUGAACUCAAAGGACACCUCAGCACAUGCAGAAAGUGUAGUGUUUCCCAAUGGACGCUCAUCACUGGCUAACUCCACCUCACUCACUCAGCAAGGGAUGCCAGCCGACGUCAAUAUCAUCAAAGCGGAGCCCGACCUUCUGGAAUAUUCCCUCUCCCAGCAACCCGUGCCUUCACACCAGCUGUACGACCACAAGGAACCCACCCCAGAUUAUGCCCUUAACGCAGCACAGAACGAUGUCCAGGAGUUAGAUCUCCUGCAGCACAGCUCUGAUACUUCAGAAGUGCCACACUACAUUCAUUCUGACACAUUCAAUGCCUUUGUGGAGUCGUUCCCCCUCAAUCAGGCCCAGCAGCAGCAACAGCAGCAACAGCAACAGCAGCAGCAGCAGCAGCAACAUCAUCGGCGUUUCUCUGGCCAAGAGGAGAGCCACCGCUGCCUGCUGUGCGGCAAGAUCUUCAGUCGGCUGAGUGGCCUUCGCAUCCACCAGCGCUGCCACACGGGCGAGAAGCCGUACACGUGUGGCCACUGCGGCCGGCGCUUCAGCCUCGCCGGGAACCUGCAGAAGCACAAGCGUGUGCACACCGGUGAGCGGCCGUAUGGUUGCCAACAGUGUGGCAAAAGUUCAGACAGUUUGUUAAUUUAUAUAUCAUACAGAGUGUCGAAAAUUGAUCGACUUAAUGCUCGAGUGUCCAAGUUACUCACGGUGGCCGUGCAUGAAGUUCUGGAGCUCGUGCGGGAGACGGUGUCGGAGUAUCAAGAGAAAACCGCCCGCACUCAGCGGGAGAACGAGAGACUCCGGCAGAGGUUGCACGACGCCCUGGGAAGGCUGGAGAGCGAGAGGGAAGCAGUGAGACGGGUUCAGCUGGCCUCUGUUUUGGAGUGUGCUAUUAUUCAGGAACAGCAGCAGCAGCAAGAUUGUGAUGCAGCUAGGUCUUCUCCUGUGAGCCUUGAGCUCGAGAGCCCUCCGGACGAUGAGAAGCCAGUGGUGGGCGAUGCACAGCGCGAACAGACCGUGGAGGAAAGGCCAGAGGAAGAGCAGAAGCUCUCGGCAGAGGCGCUCACAGAGUGUGCCGUGAGAGUGCAACUGAUGUUAACUGACCACGACAGGACCUCAAGCGGCGAAGGGGCUGCCCCCACUGAAGACACUGUGAGACUCUGCGUUGUCGACGGCAUCAAAAGCGACGCUGACGCCGUUGCAGUGAGCCGUGUAACCACACUGACCCCAACGACAGCAAACUGUGUCCUGUCGCCUCGCAAACACACCUUAGCUGACGCCCACGCGAUUUCGACGGAGCACAUCAAAACCGAGCCGGUCUCGCCAAAGUCCCCCAUCGGCCAGCAGGAGGCGCCAUUGGGCACCUUCGGCCUCACAGAGGACCUGAGUGGCGCCAGGCAGCAGCCAGCUCCUCACCGAACCCUGAACAGUGCUGCUGGGCCCUACGACCUCCUGUUUGUUCCCCCGUCCCAGCCAGCCCCGGCUCAUCCUCAUCAGUCACCGCAGGGCCUGGGCCGACGUCUGGGGCUCGGGUUCGGCCGGGCUCCGCGCCUAUCCGGUGACAUCCGGCGCCAACGUCAGGGUGGCCUGCGCCGUGACGAGCCGCACGUGUGCGGCGUCUGCGGCAAGACCUUCGGCCGGCUGGGCAACCUGCGUAUCCACGAGCGCUGCCACACGGGCGAGAAGCCGUACGCGUGCGGACAAUGCGGCCGCUGCUUCAGCCAGGCUGGCGACCUCAAGAAGCACAGGCGAGUGCACACCGGCGAGAAGCCCUACUACUGUGGACAGUGCGGCAAGAGCUUCAGCCGCGGCGAGAACCUUCGCCGCCACCAAAAGAUCCACGUCGGGGAGAGGGCCCAACUCCAGCAGGCCUGGGUCGACCUUAGACCCACUCAGAACUGAGAAGGUGCAGCGUCCGUCUUUGGACAGGAGAGAUGGACUGAUCCGCACAUGUGCUUCAGGGCGCCACUGAUCCUAUCUGAUGAUGUGUUUAAAAUCUUCACUAUAACAGCAUGUCCUAACAGGAUGCAAUGUGAGCAAAAUUUAGCGGUGAAAUCUGUUUGAUUACAUUGUUUUCAAUUGGAAUUCCUGACUGUACGUACGCGACACGAAGCAGUGCUGUGCAGCUUGAGGCAAAGCAACGUUUUGAGCGAACGUUUUUGUCUCUUUCCUUUCUGUCCGUCGCGUUGCUCGGCUACUUAGAAUGAUAAACUAUUAUGAUGCAAUAUAAGGUCAUGAUAUUGAAUGCAACAAGACCGUUGUUUGCUCAGGUCCUGUUAGGACACGCUGUAAUUUAAAACAAAAGAGAAUGUUUGCGCACCAGAGUAUUUCCCAGAAUGUAAGUAGAAGCAACGUUUUGACCUGACAGGGUAUUUUCUUUUAAUUACAUUUUUGGGAGCUACUCCGUUGUGUGGACAUUCUCUGUUGUUUUACCUUGUAGUAUAUUUUGGCCUGCACGUGGCCUAAAUACAGGUGGGAGGUGCACGUAACCACUCUACCAGACUCUAUGAAAUCUUAACUAUUUAAUUAAAUGGUGUACUCUAUACUGUAUAUAGAGGUUUCUCACAAUAAAGUGAAAAAGUGAAGAUUUUGAACACAAUUUGAGACAUGGAUACUGAACUGACUGAUCAGUGAAUGGGAGUUGAUCUGGAUCAUUGGCUGUAACGAAUGUGAAAAUAAAUUAAUUGGGAGAUGA